AUGUUCGCCGUGACCCAGACCGCAUCCAAGGCGCUUCUAGCCGUGCCCUCGAAGGCCUCGAAGACGCGCACCGGCCGCGUCGUCGUCGCCGCGGCCGUUCCCCACUCCGCGGUCGAGUCCGGCAAGAAGGCGAUGCUCACCGGCAUUCUCGCGGCGACCUUCGCAGUGGGCUCGGUGGAUCCCGCACAAGCCGCCACCGUGUUCGCGGGCAAGUACAUCGACCCGAACCACCCCCACUGCCCCCGUGAGAUCGACGCCGACGGCGUCAUCUCCGGCGUGGACCCGGUGCCCUUCGCCAAGGGAAGGGGAUGCCGCGGCUACAAGAAGAAGAACGAGGCUGCGGCUGUCGAGGCUGGGAAGAUCUCCCUCUGGUCCAUCAAGGGCGUCGUCUCCAAGGAUGACGCCACCAUCUUGAUCGACUUCAAUCAGAAGGACGGCAGCGGGGAGUCGUUCACGGGAAAGUGGAACGGCGUGGGGAUCGAAUUCCCCGACGGAAACGCAUCCGCGCCGUACUUCUCUAUGAACGCCGCGUCGGGCAGCUCGGACGUAUCCGCGUCCAUCAGCCGGCCGUUCGCGCGAAGCUCCAUGAGAUGCUGGUACAGGUUCGGGGGAUGCCACGGGAAGGAUGGACCCGCGGCGGUCAUCUCGCUGGGCUUGCGAGCAUCAUCGAAGAUACCCAUGGCGCUUUUCGGCUUCGCGGGCGCGGAUCCGAAGCCCGAGCCAAAACCGGAGGCACCGCCCGCCGUGGCGAACGAUGCUCCCGGGGCGGUCCCGGCGCGUGGUGGUGGCGCCGGCGCGAUCGGCUUCUCCACAGCCUCGGGCACCGAUCGGAAACCGCGAGGGGGAUUCAGGUCGGCGAGUCUGGCGAUGGCCGGUGCAUCCAAAGCGGGCGUUGGCUCCUCGCUCUUCACCAGCGCGUCCUCGAUGAUGGUUAAUCCGGACACCGUCGACCUGACGGCCGACGACGCGAACGAAGACGAGUCGCCGGGGAAGAGGCAUAAGACGUCGCCCGAGGAAGGAAACGAGGAAGGAAAGAGGAAGGAAACGAGGAGGUACGACCCCGUCGAGUACCGGGAGAAGCAAAGGAUCAAACGAGAAAAAGACGAACGCACCAAGAAGAAGAGGCAGGAGUGCAGGCAGACGUCCAUCUUCGACGCGAUGGCGGGAGCGAACGCGCCGAAUCUUCGGGGCAGCGCGGAUCCGAUCCCGAAGGAGGUGUGGCAGCGCAUCCUGGCUCACGCGCCCGUCUCCUCGCUCAGGGACAUGAGGCUGGUGUGCAAGACGCUGAUGAACGCGGUGGACGACGAGGGGUUCCUGCCCUUCACCAAGAUCGCGCAGCAGACGAGACGGAUGCGGACGAUCGACGCGGAUCGCGUCAUCGCCGAAUCCGCCGCGGGGAGGAGGAAGCCGCCAGCUGUGUCGGCGGCGGCGGGCGGCGGGCGGGUGAGCAUCGGCGACGACCGUCCCGCGCGCGACGAUGAAGACCACGCCGCGGGUAUCAUUCAACGCAUCGCGCGCGAUAAACCCUUCGCCACGCCCAUGUCCGCGUCGGCGCUCGCGCGGGAGGUUGAGAUUGGCGUUGAAAGGGCCGAGGCGCGCGACGGGAGGACGCCGGUGCCGGGUCACGUUCCCGGGGAGGGAUUGGCGGCGACGGUGCGAGAACUCGCGGGGUGGAAGAUCGUGGGCUCACACGGGUGGGCGCUGCUCGCGGCGGCGAUCCUCGUCGCCGCGGAGGAUUACGGGACCAUCGCGCUGUUGCUCGACGCCGCGCGCAGGGCCUGCGCCCGCGCCGAUCGCGAGCCCGACGGGGACCUGAACGGGGGCGACACAGCUGGCGACAACGAACGUCGUCAUCACUACACGGGCGAUUACUGCGCGAGGGAGGACCUCACGGAGUUUAUCUCGCUGCUCGCCAUCGCGCUGACGGUGCCGUCGCGUUGGACCCGCGGCGCGGUGGACGCCGAGGACGUCGUGCUAAGGGAGCCGAGCGCGUCGCGGCUGGCGCACCUGGACGCGGCGGCGGGGUACCUGGAGUUGAUCCCGCAUCGCGAGGCGGCGGGAGAUUGGGGCGCGGACCGCGGUUCGUUCACCUCGCGGCUGACCCACGAGCAGCUCUCGAUCGUGAGCGCGGACGUUAAGAAGGACGAGGUGUUGCUCGUGCGAGCGUUCGCCGGCACGGGCAAGACGACGACCCUGCUGGAGUACGUGAAGCGCAGACCGGGUUACCAGUUCGCCUACAUCACGUUCAACCGGUCCGUCAUGGAGGAGGCCUCGACCAAGUUCCCGAAGCUCAACGUGAAGUGUCUGAACUUUCACAAGAUGGCGUACGCCAAGUUUGGAUUCCUGUACCGGGGCGAAAAGUUUCUCCGAGGCACGCUGCGACAGUACCACGUCUCGAAGGCCAUCGGGGUCAACGACAGCAGGGCGCUAUUCGCGAUUCGCGUGCUAAAUGAGUUUUUGAAAUCCGCAGACUUGGCCGUGGAAUUGAAACACGCGGAGGCCAUCCGGGCGGAAGUGUCCACUAAGGACUGGAACAAGGUGUACGGCAAAUCCAACGUGAAAGCGAAACUCGGGUCGCAGUCGCCCGAGGAAAACCUGGUGGAACUCGUGAAGAACCUGUGGGACAAAAUGUUAAAUCCAGAGGAUUCGAGCUUCCCGAUGACUGACGCGGGGUACCUUAAGCGGUACCAGCUGGCGUGCAGGCGGGAACAUAACCCCGUGCGAUUGGACGUUAACUUCGAUAUACUCAUGCUGGACGAGGCGCAAGACGCUGCUCCCGUGAUGGCGGACAUAAUCCUGUCCCAGAAGGAGUGCGGCAAGAUCCUGGUUGGAGAUCCUCACCAGGAGAUUUACUCGUUCAUGGGCGCGAAGAACGCCAUGGCCACCGUCGCGGCGACUGUGGACAAGUCAAAGAUUGUUGAGCGUCGGUUGACUCGAUCGUUUAGGUUUGGGUACGAGAUCGCGGACGUGGCGAACACGUUGCUGAGGCUCAAAGGGGAGACCACGUGCUUGAUCGGGUCCAGACGGGAUUUGCCGGACCCAGUCUGGUCCUCCUGGUCGGAUCAAGAAGAGGUUUCGGCUGUUCACUGUCUUCCAAGGCCGAAGGAUGCCGAUGGAGUGACGCUGACGCUGCAAUCCUACGCACCCGGUUACGCUGCAACCCUACGCACCCGGCUCGGGGAUCGGCCUAUCAGGGAGCAGGGCCGACAACUGGUUGUGCUCUGUCGCAGCAACGCGUCGGUCUUUGACGUCGCGUCCAGAAUUCUGAACUUGGGCAUCAAAGACCUCAAGCUGGGAUUUAUUGGUGGCCUAGAGGGACAGAGACUUGGUCAGCUGAUGGACAUAUGGCGGCUGGCUGUUCAAUCCGAUGAUGAGCUUGAUGCUAUCACUGACUACUUCGUGAGCAGGUUCGUCAAGGAAUACCUCAAAGCCAAAGAAAACGGGGUGAAGGACCCCGAGCCUCCCUUGCAGGCACUCAAGUCUUCUGCGAAGCUUUCCAACGAUUUGGAGAUGCAGACUAAAAUCUCCAUCGUAGAAAAGCACCGGGGCAAUCUUCCUGAACUCAUCGAAAAGUUGAAGAAGGUUGACGUGGGCACAAACCCAUCCAAUCUGAAGUGCGCAAACUACCUGCUCUCCACAGCUCACAGGGCCAAGGGUCUCGAAUUCGACCACGUGCUGCUGUGGGAGGACUUCUUGGCCGUCGAUCAUUGCAGUCCCGUCGAAUGGGAUAGCAACGGGCACGCGACGCUGUUCCAAAUUGGCAAUAUGUUCGGUGAUUCUGAAAUUGUCGGCGCUGAUGAAUUGAACUUGGUGUAUGUCGCAGCGACGCGUGCCAAGCAGCGGCUGAUUGUGAGCGAUGCACUGAAGCAUCUCAUCACUGCCCCUCGAUGCAACUUCGCUGCGACGUGGUACUUGCGAGAUCGUGGUACUAAUUUGCCCCUGACUGGGAUGACUGAAGUGGAAGCAGCUGAGGAUUGGGCGGCGAACGAGGUUUUGGCACAACGACGGGGCGGACCCGCACAUUUUGCGACGCUUCGCUGCGCAACAAACACCUGCGAUAGAUGCGGGGAUCAGUCGUAUAUGUUUCAACUCCCCGAGGGCUCGUUCCAAGCCGACGAAGUCGACAACGCGCCAACCUUGGGCAUGGAGGUGCGAUAUGGACGAAUCCGCCAAGGUAUGGCCGACACAGACAUUGGCAUGGCCAACGCGGACCCUCACGCUGUCAGUACCGUUCCCAUGAUCGCGCCUUCGGAGAGCUACGCGUUUCGGCAUAACAGGAGGAUGUGCGGUCGCUGCGUGCGAACGUUCGCGGUGAGCAGGCGCGGCGCCGAAAGAUAUCUGGACGACGACACCGCCGGCGCGGGUGUCGAGAGAACCUGGGUCGACGAUACCAUCCUCGAGAACUUCGUCCGCCAUAGCAACCGCGUCAAUAACAUCGACCCGAUCGAGGGCAUGUCCAUGAUGGACAUCGCGAGCGUGUGCGCGGCGGAGAGGAGGGCGAGGGGAGAACCCUGGCGGGGGAAGGACGCGGCGGGUCAGCCGAGGCGGAUGGCGGACUGA